AUGAUACCGUCGAUUCUGCACGAUGCGGCAGAGGCCAGCCCAGUUCUGGAGUUGGGGGCUGAGCAUUCAGAUGGACGAGGUAUCACCGACGGCAAAGACGCAGACGCCAAAGACACCGAGACCAGAGACGACGACGGCAAAGUCGCGGCGUUCUUGCUCAGGAACGGACUCCGUCCCUCCGCUGUCACGGCAGCGCACGAGUUCGCGCGGGCAAUGUUCCCCGGGUGCGAGGUCGAGAGGGCGCCGUUUCAGGGGUACUGCUCUUAUACGCUGCUCCUGAGGCCGCUUCCCGGCGGAGCGACGGGGCGGCGGCGGGACAGCGGUGUGGAGGCCGGCGGAGGGGGGAGCGUCGGGAGCCAGAGCCAGAGCGAGAGCGGUACGAGUUGGAAGAGCGGCGGCAGUAGUGGUGGUGGCGGAAGACUCGUUCAGUUUCGACCUCGGAGGCACGGUAUCGAUGUCGAGAUGUGUGGUGAGGCUAGGGGUGUACUUGGGGAUGGGGUCGUGCCGGGUGUGGAGGAGCUUGGUGUGUUGGAGGGGCUGGAUACGGCGACGACGACUCGUGGCGGGAAGGGGAAAAAGGACGGGGAGCUGUGUGCGUAUCUCCUGGAGAGAGUGGGCGGUGUGUCGUUGACGGGCUUCCGGGGGAUAUGCGCGGGUCUGGAGACGGAUCCGAGGGCAUCGAGAAGGAGGCUCGUCGCGGAUCUGGCUGUUGUGUUUGCGGAUUCGUGGAGAGGUAGGCGGGAGGGUUCUGGAGGUGGAGGACACGGCAAUACGGGUGUCAGGGGGCGCGUGGGCGGGAGUUUGGCGUGGCGGUUGGAAAUUAUGGAAAAGGGGUUGCCUUGUGAGUUUCGGGACGUUGUGAGGGAUGUCAGGAGGGAUCUUAGAGGUAUUGAGGGGUUGCCUUGGGUUGUUACGCAUGGGGACCUCGUGCCGGAUAAUAUCAUGGUUCAUCCGCCACGCGAGGAGGCAGAGGACGAGGGCGGCGAGGCGUGGGUGAGGCGGAAGCUGGGGUGGGGGAGGGAGGAGAGGGCUGGCGGGCUGGUUGGGUUGAUUGACUGGGCCGAGGCGGAGUGGCUGCCGUUCGGGGUGGGCAUGUAUGGGCUCGAGGAGGUGUUGGGGGAGGAUGUUGUCGUUGGUGGGAGCAGCGAUGUUGACUUUGUUGGCGGUGGGAGUGCUGCUACUACAACGGCAACGAUUACGACUACGACAAUGACGACAACAACGAGAUUCGAGUACUACCCCGAAGCAGCCUCCCUCCGCGCACUCUUCUGGGACGAGGUCGGACGCGUAGUGGGCGAUGAGGAGGUGAUUCGCCGAGCAAAGAGGGCCCAGGUCCUGGGGGUCCUGCUUUGGAGGGGCAUUGCCUUUGACGAUGGUGCGCUGGGGAGGGUCGUGGACGGGGAGAGGGACGCGUGGGACUUGCAACGCUUGCGGGCUUGGGCUUUUGAGGAUGGGGGCCUCGGGUUGACUCGUGGUAAGUCUGAGGUUGAGGUGGUUCGGGGGAGGAGGAAGGGCGAGAAUAAAGGUAGCAGACGGUUGUUGAAGAGGGUUAUGGGAUGGAUUCGAGGGUGCUUUAAGGGAUUAUGAGAUGGCUCGUGUGGGUGUUUGGUUGAGUAUAGAAUUGGGUGG